AUAUAUAAAUACUUCAAUCCAAUGACUCAAACCCCCCUCUCCUUCCAUUGUUCAUCUUCUCUAGAGAGAGCAAAACAUAUAUAGCUCUCAAAAAUCUCUAUGGCUAUUAGCCAAACCAUGUCAAACCCUAGUGAUUGGCUAUUCCAACCCUACCAAAAUGAUUUCUCUCAAAACAUCAAUACUUCUCCCACUGCUGCCCUAGCCAACGGCUCGAGCAGCAGCAGCAGUAAUAACAACAACAACAACAAUAACCACUUAAGCCCUGAGGAAGGCCGCGUGGCCAAGCCAGCGCGAAGGCGGUCUAGGGCCUCAAGGAGGACCCCCACCACCCUACUCAACGCCGACGCGGCCAACUUCAGGGCCAUGGUGCAGCACUUCACCGGGGGCCCCGCCGCCGCCUCAUUGGCAGCCGGGCAGCACCCGAUCCCCAACCGCGUUGCGAGCUACGUGAACCACGUGGCUGUUGCGGCGGCAGCGGGUGGUUUCCACGUGCAAUAUCCACAGCAGCAGCCGCAGAGUAUGUUUGUGAUGGACAACGGCGGCGGUGGUGGUGUGCCGCCGCAGACGGCGGCGGGGAAUGGGAUCAAUUAUGGCAACUUUAUGGUUUGAUUUGUUGGGGGAAAUUAGUUGGUGAUGACUUUUCUUUGUAAAUUCUUUCUUCUUUUCACACUUGACUUUGUUUCUUUUAUCUUUUGAUUUAUUUUGGUGUUUUUUGGAUCCUUUUGUAAUGAAAAGAAUCUUGUAUGUUGUGUUAUGUUUUUUUUAUUUGGAUUGCUUUUGCUAAA